AUGAAUAAUUACGUGAUCCCGGGUGUAAAGAAGUUAGACAUCAGUGUGUGUUUUGAUAACGAUGAAAGUCAUUUAUACAUGUUCUCUCCUGAUCUAGAGGAUUUAAGAAUUUACACUGAACGGUCAAUGCAAGUGAUUUUGCCUCCCAAUUUGAGGAAACUUGCGAUAGUGACAGAAAGCUACCCAAUAAGUUUUAUAUCUGAGGAAAUGGUUAAUUUAAAGCAUUUGCUGCUUUUAUGGCCAGGUAUGCUGUCUUUCGAACAGACAGGAAUAGAAGCUCCAAAUUUAGAAACUUUAAUUUUAGAGUCCAUCAAUGUAGCCGAUUUUACAGGUUUACAAAACUUAGAACAUUUAAAACAAUUAGAAGUUGUUCAAUCUAUUUUUCCUAUUGGUUUGUUUAAUGAAGGUUUUCCUGAAUUAGAAAUGCUUCUGUUCUCAGACUGUAUAUUUCCAGAUUUUGAAGAUUUUAACAACUCAUCAUUAAUAUUUUCAUCAAAUUUGAAGGAGUUGAGAAUUAAAAAUUCCGGUUUCAGUAGUGUCCAUUUCAGCAACUUUGUACAGCCUCCUACAUUGAAGAUUUUGGAUCUUGAUAGCUUAUCAUUUAAUUAUGAACAUUUGGGUGAGAACUUACUGUAUAUUCAUGUUCGUGCUUCAAAAGCUACAUUGAAAAGUGAUUUUAGAAUACCUCCUAUGACUGAAAAAUUCACAUUGAAUGCUUCUUAUCUAACUUUUGAGAGUAUGGACUUUAUGUAUCACUUGCCAACCAAUCUUGCAAGUUUGCACUUGUCUGCCAAACGCCUGGGAAAAUUGUACCCUAUUACUCAAAUGGUUGAAUGGCCGCUGAAGAUGAGCGAAAUUAAUUUUAAGAAUUUUAACAUUGAUUAUUUCAAAUUAAAGCAAUUGAACUUGAAUGAAUCUGGACUUAAAAAGAUUUACAUUUCUGGAGGUGAUGUCAAGAAGUUAGAUGCUGGCUUAUUUCCCGUUAGUGUGAAAGAUCUUUCUUUGACAGAAAUGGGGAUUCAGCAGUUGGCGGACUCGUUUGAAAAUUUGGAAAACUUACAGAAGUUGGAUUUAUCAGGAAAUCAAUUGAGAGACAUAGGUCCUGUUAAAUUACCAAUGGCAUCAUUGCAAUAUUUAGAUGUUAGCCAAUGUAACCUUCGUUUGAUAUCACCAUUCGUGGUUUCAAUGUUGGAAGAAAAGAAUAAGAAUGCCAAAUUAAGAGUAUACGCUAUUGAUAAUGUAAAUGUUAGUGUGAUUGAUAUCAGGAGAGUAUUGAAAGCAAUCAAAGGACUUUCAUUAGUUGUCAGCAAAUUUGAUAAAACGUUGACAGAAAUAUCCAAGCAUUCUUCUCGUUUGCAUUGUCAAUAUACUCACGUUGAUCAUCGUAUCAAGCAACCCGAAAUAGAUGAUCUUUAUAAUGGAAGUGAUUCCGGUUCAGAUGAAGAGUCUAGUGUAACUAAAAACAAACGAAGAAAGAUUUAA